UUAACUUUCUCCUCUUCCCCUGCUCACUUCUUCAUUUCCACACCCUGCCUGUGUAUCUCUCUCUCUUUCUCUCUCUCCCUUCCUUGUCUGACGCACUGGUUUCUUUGGCAUGCCGCUCAUGUGUGUGAGCCAAGGGAAGGCAGCACUCUCCUGGGACUCUCUUAACUAUCUCUGUCUCUCUCACACACACAUUUGCACUGUUUUUCUUCUUCAUCCAGCCUGUGGGGCUCAUUCUUAAACAUGCAGGACACUUUGCUACAGUCAGUAGUAAGGAUGGGGCCUAAUUUACAUGCCUCUGCUAAUGAGCUUAGUGCAUGCUGAGCAGCUUUCAGCCCUGCAGGUUGCUGUAGUGGGCAUUGGUUAGCCUAUAGCUGUUAGCGAGAGGAAGCAGACAGAGGAGAGGACAUCAGUAGGGGCAGCUACAGAAUCCCAGCUCCUCUCUCUGCCUACCAGGACCACUUCUGCUUGUACCGGCACUGCGGCUGGGACGUCUCUCUCUACUCUCACCCCUCCCUCUGCCUCUCUAAUGCUACCUGACUCCCCUCCUCUCUCUGUCUCCGUCCCGGAGCACUGACAAAUUGCUUUUUGUCGGCUGCAUCCCCUCUUCGGCAUCUGACCCUCUUUUUAAAACCCUUCUUUCCACCUCUUUCCUGUCUUAUCUCGUCCUCCGACUUUUUUUGCCAAAAUGUAUCGGAACCCGUGGAUCUCGAAUUACCUGACUCAUGUCAAGUUUUGCAGCCAAGGUCUUGGGAGUGAGACGCCCAUUAAACUAAGCAAUCCCAGAUUGCUGAAGAAGAGAGCUUUGAGCUUCCAGAAAGAAUUCUCCUUUGACGAAAAAGACGACCCAGCCAAAACUACUAAGGAUAUAGAUGUUAGUCUCCUGGCCAAUCUCCCUAAAGUCUCAGAAUUGAGGAAAAGAUUUGAAGGAAUUACCACAAGCUCAAGUGACUGGGAAAUGAACAGAAAGGAACGUAUCGCUCGAAGGCUGGAGGGCAUAGAAGGUGAGGUGCAUCCAUCUCUGCUGCCUAGCUUGGUGGCUAACCGACUUCUGGAGGAGGACACACCACGAUACACCCGGGCCUCUGACCCUUUCGAGCCCUGUGGUGUUACAGUACAGCGGUAUGGCAUGGAGGGAUUUGAAACCCAAGACAUGCAGCUGACAGCUCCAGAGCGGCAGUCCAGAGCCCGAGGCAGACCUGACCCUCAGUCCCCCAUCCUCACAGAACCCAUCUACACUUCAGGAUCAACUACUAGCCCCCCAGAGCUGGAAUCCAAGGCUGAACGCAUCGCCCGCUACAAGGCAGAGCGGCGCCGGCAACUUGCGGAGCGCUAUGGCAUCUCUUUGGAUCAGGAGCCAGACGUGGACAGUCCCACUCGCUACACUCGCACUCGCAAGGAUUCAGAAGAAUCAGAGAGGCGGAUCAGAGGGGGGUCGCUGGGGGAGGAAGGAAGGGAUGUUACCCUGAGUGCUUACACCAGUACCUCCGCCUCCAGUCCAAGGGCUGGACGCACAACGCCGCAGCACAUCCACCCUGACCAGGGUUACGAGAUGGGUCGGACCAGGGUGGACUCGUUCUCAGAGAGGGAGAGACUGAUGAACCUAGAGAAUCAACGCCGAGCUGCUCCUGAGCCACCAUCCUCUUCUUCAUACAUGGAUGUCACAUCAAUGUCAUCGACUACCAGGGUCCCCACCAAGGACUAUCCCGUCACAGGGAUGCCGCCCAGUUCUCCCAAGCUGAGCAGGCACCCUUCCCUCUCCUCACCUAAACACGGUGCGUCUCCUGGAGAUCUCUUCAUAGAGCAGCAGGCUCACAACAUCCUCAGCAGACAGGGAAUUAGAGUUAGGGAGAGGCUUUCCAGGGAAGAGGGUCGCCAGAGGAGCCCAGAGCUGGAAGCCCCGUCUUACCGCAGACAAUUUCAACACCCGACUCAAAGCUCUAAAAUCUACCACACAGACCAUCCAAGUGCACAGCAAGUUUAUGCUCACCCCCAGAGUCAGCCUGCUCGACCAGGAGGACAAGAGACGGGUAGUUUUCCCAGUUACCUGUCCAUGACCUCUGGCCCUGCAUCCAAGGUAGGGCAGCAGCUGCAGCAGACCCAAGAAGAGGACACAGAGGAGUCUGAGGAUGUGAAAACAGAAGGCCUUUUGACUAGCAGGAAAGCGGUGCUGCCCUCUGAGAUCCGCCGCAGAGAGAGGAGCACCGACGACCCAAGGAGAGGUAGGAGGGAAGAGGAACUAGGGAUGUCCAGGGCACAGAAUCUAAAUCAGGCGAGAGAGGCUGAAGCAGAAGAUGGGCACAGAGGCAGAACCAGAAGAGAUGAAUCAACGCAACUGCAAGCACCAGAGAGCAGGAACAGAGAGCGGGACAAUGCCAUUUAUGUCCACAGAGGGCUGACUGCCACCCACAUCCAGCCAAGAGUGCCACAUACUGGCUCAGGAGGGCCCACCUCCAGCACAGCCCUCAGCCGCUCGGUAUCAGACGCAGCAGAUUUACAAAGACCAGGUCAGAGGAAGCUGCAGCAACAGGCCCAUGAACCCCGAGAGGUCAGGGAGGGUGAGGGCUUCAGUAACCAAGAGGGUCACCAGGACACUCGGGUGUCCGUCGCCCAGCUCAGACACUCUUACAUGGAGAGUACCACCACCCCACCAAGCAGACGCAGGAAUGAGCUUGAGAUUGAAUGUGAAAGGGAACUUGAGGGCUACAGUCCCCCGUGGAGAGGGGAAAGGGACAUGGGGCGAAGGCCCCGGCAAUAUAUCUGUCCUGGGGAGAGUAGAAAGACCUCAGAGAGGUUUAGGACGCAACCCAUCACUUCUGCUGAGCGACAGGAAACUGAUAGGUCCUGUCUGAGUUCAGAUAUCGUUUCCACUGAAGCUGAUGAAGAAAAGGUCGACGAACGCGCCAAGAUGAGUGUAGCAGCAAAGCGCUCUCUCUUCAGGGAACUGGAGAAGAGCAUAGAUGGAGGAGCUCCUAAACCCAGGUCCAGGAAUGCAGCUGUGGACAGGAGACUAAGACGGACACAAGACCGGUCCAGAACUCAGCCAGUCACCACUGAGGAGGUCGUCAUUGCUGCCACCGUCCCCGCUCACGUGCCACACACGGUGUCUGUUCACACCGCUGCAGCACGCGUCCCUAGCCCCACCCUAGUUUACAGCACUGUCCCUCCAUACAGCCUGCAGGCAUCACAACAGAGCUCCUCUGCUCGAGAGCAGGCCCGGGAGCUGGCCUGGCACGUGCGGGAUACCCAGGAAGUACCCAAACCCAUUUCCACGAUGGAGGACAAAGACCAGAGUGGAAUCCAGGGUCAGAGUCAGAGCAAGCUCCAGGUCUUUAAACCAGUAUCAACAGUGGAGGGCAAAGAGCAGGAGAGGAGUCAGAGUCAGGGUGAAAGUCAGGCUCAGGAGGAGCCGGACCUCUGCACCCUCAGCCUGGCAGAGAAGAUGGCGCUGUUCAACCGACUGGCUCAGCCUCCCACCAGGGUCACCCGCACCAGAGGGGACGCUCGACAACGCAGGGCCAACGCUCGAUACCAGACUCAGCCCAUCACACUGGGAGACCUGGAGCAGGAGUCUUCAGACAUAGACCUCAGUGAUGAACAGGAGCUGUGUGACAGUCCCAUAGACCACCUACAACUUCAAAAUGGUACAUCCUCUGGGUACGGACACCUCCCUACCUCAUCAUCUACCUCUGCUCUGAAAGCUGGAGGCACCGUCUCCACUGACCAUGCAGGAGACAUCCACAUAACCAGAGCAGCACCCAGAGUUGAACCCCUGCCUCCCACCUUGGACAGGCCUCUGCCCCCUAGACACCCAGAAGGCCACAGGUCCCAGGAGUUGGCAGACCAGCAGAGGUCUAGAGCCUUUUCUGUGGGUGAAGAAGGAUCUAAUCUGGGAGGAGGGAAGAGGAAGCUUCCUUCUCCUGAGAGGGCGGUAAGGCAGGGCUCUCUGCCCCAGCCCCAGACUGGAAGAGAGAGAAGAGAGGAGGAGAGAGGGGAAGAGGAGCAGAGGCUGACCAGCGGCGGUGGUGACAGAUCCGGGCAGAGCUCACAGGGCCGCAUAUUUCACGAGUGGCAGGAGUCGUAUCAGAGAGAGGGACACUAUACAGAAAGCCAGAAGAACAAAGUCUACAGUGGAGAGCUGCAUGAGUCUGGCGUGGUAACAUCCAGAGCAGCAGCGUGUCAGCCUCCUGAGGCAGACAUCAGUGGACUUGCAGCCGGCGUGGACGAGCUGAGCGACAUGAUGUCUGCCAAACACAUGUCCAUCAGAGAUAGAGUGGCCCUGUUGAAGAAGAGCGGCGAGCAGGACUGGAGGAACAGGAUCAAUAAGAAACAGGAUGUGGCGAAGGUUGCCUUGGGUGACCAGCAGGCUCAGCUGUUGGAGGCGGAGCAGCUCAAGAAGAAGGACGAUGAAGAUCCAAUGAUGAUCGAUGAGUUUGCUGGGUCCAACCAGUUGUGGAUGAUAGCUGAAUCUGAGCUGGAGUGCCAGAGCAUCGAGGCUCACAUGUCCAUUCAGGAGAGGAAACAGCUGAUCGUCGCUCAGGAGGAGGCCUGGAAGACAAAAGGCCAAGGGGCGGCCAACGACUCCACUCAGUUCACAGUGGCUGCACGCAUGGUCAAGAAAGGGUUAACUUCCCCAUCAGCCCUCCAGUCUCAGUCAACAUCAUCCAAACCUAAAAACAGCAGCCCAGCCAUCUCCAAACCGCAGGAAGAGAUCAAGGCCAUACCAGACCUGAACCUGGAGUCAGACAUGAAGCUGGAUAAACUGGAGUCAUUCCUUGGCAAGCUCAACAGUAAAGGCUCUGGGCUGCCUGAAGCGACCAUCACAGUAACGGAGAAGAAGGUAAAGGAAGUGAUGACCCUCGAAGAUGAAACCUUCUCUAAGUUCUACCGUCAAGUGGAGGAGCUCCCUGUCGCCACCAACAAGGUGGAGAUAGAUGACGACUUCGAUGCCAUCUUUGGUUCCCAGGUGCCAAAGCUGACCUCAGAGAUGGUUCAGCACAAGCGUGCUGUGCGCCCGUCGCGUAACGUCCAGUCUUCAAGGAACCCUCUGAAGAUACUGGCUGCCAGAGAGGACAUCAGACACGAGUACACAGAGCAGAGGCUCAACGUUGGACUGCUGGAGAGCAAGAGGAUGAAGGCAGAGAAGAUGAGUAAAAACUCCGGUCUCUCUGAUGUGGCUAUAGCUGGUCUGGCCAGCAAGGAGAACUUCAGCAACGUCAACCUGCGGAGCGUCAACAUUUCGGAGCAGAUGUCGAACAACAGCGCCGUGCCUUACAAGAAACUCAUGCUGCUACAGGUCAAAGGCCGACGGCAUGUCCAGACCAGACUAGUGGAGCCCAGAGCAUCCUCAUUAAACAGCGGAGAUUGUUUCCUACUCAUCACGCCACACCACUGCUUUGUCUGGACUGGAGAGUUCGCCAAUGUCAUUGAGAAGAACAAGGCUGCAGAGUUAGCAAAUUUCAUCCAGAGUAAGAGAGAUUUGGGCUGCCGUGCCAACUACAUCCAUGUGAUCGAGGAGGCCGCCAACACACAAAGCCAAGCUGCCAAGGAUUUCUGGAAGAUUCUGGGAGGCCAAUCGAGCAUUCAGUCUGCUGGAACGCCUGAUGAAGACGAGCUGUAUGAGGGAGCGAUUGUGGAGACGAACUGUAUUUACCGCCUGAUGGAUGACAAACUAGUCCCUGAUGAUGAUUUCUGGGCAAAGAUGCCCCGCUGCUCUCUGCUUAACCCUAAAGAGGUUUUGGUGUUCGACUUUGGCAGUGAGAUGUACAUCUGGCAUGGAAAAGAAGUGACGCUAGCUCAGAGGAAGGUGGCCUUCCAGCUGGCCAAGCACCUGUGGAACGGCACCUUCGACUACACAAACUGUGACAUCAACCCGCUUGACCCAGGAGAGUGCAACCCUCUGAUACCCAAGAAAGGUCAGGGUCGGCCUGACUGGGCAGUGUUCGGCAGACUGACUCAACAUAAUGAGACCACCCUGUUCAAAGAGAAGUUCCUAGACUGGAGUGACUCCAGGAAAAGUCCCAGUCCCACCAGAAACACAAAUGACCAUAUCAAUGAUCAAAAGGAGCCGUCCACCUCUGAUCAGCCACAUGCGUUCGACGCCUCCCUGAUGCUGCCCCUCCAUCAGGGGCCCAUCUGCACAAAGCUGGAUGGGUUUAACGUGGGGCGAGGCUACGGCCUGGUGGAGGCAGAGGAUGGACGCUACUACGAGAUCAGCACCCUGGGGGUGGAGGUGUGGCACAUCCUUGAGUUCGACUACAGCCGCCUGCCUCGCCAGAGCAUCGGCCAGUUUCAUGAGGGGGACACAUAUGUCAUGAAGUGGAAAUACAUGGUCAGCGCAGCAGUUGGAAGGAGACAGAACCCUGACCAGCAGAAGACAGCAGGGCCCGGGAAGGAGAAGUGCUGUUAUUUCUUCUGGCAGGGCCGUAACUCCACAGUCAGCGAGAAAGGAACGUCAGCACUGAUGACGGUGGAGCUGGACGAGGAGCGGGGAGCACAGGUUCAGGUGCAGCAGGGUAAAGAGCCACCUUGUUUCCUGCAGUGCUUCAAAGGAGGGAUGAUCGUCCACUCAGGGAAGAGAGAAGAGGAGGAGGAAAACUCACAAAAUGACUGGCGUCUGUAUUGCGUGCGUGGAGAGGUAGAGGUGGAGGGCCAUCUGCUGGAGGUAGCGUGUCACUGCAGUAGCCUGCGCUCCAGAGUCUCCAUGGUGCUGCUGAGCGUCAGCCAGGCUCUUAUCUACCUGUGGCAUGGCUGCAAAUCUCAGGCGCACACAAAAGAAGUGGCACGCAUGGCAGCUAACAAAAUCAAGGAGCAUUGUCCUCUUGAAGCUGGCCUCCACAGCAGCAGCAGGGUUACAAUUCGGGAAUUUGAUGAGGGAGCAGAGCCCCCAGGAUUCUGGGAACCCCUUGGGAGGAGAGACAGGAAAGCGUAUGACUGCAUGCUGCAAGACCCUGGAAGAUUUAACUUCACACCUCGUCUGUACCAGCUGAGCAGCAGCUCUGGGGAGUUUUCAGCUGUAGAGUUUCUGUUUCCUGCCAGAGAACCCAAACGGGUCAACUCAAUGCCUUUCCUACAGGAGGACCUCUACGCGGCUUCACAGCCAGCCCUUUUCCUGGUGGACAACCACCAUGAGGUGUAUCUGUGGCAGGGCUGGUGGCCUCAGGACAGUGAAAGCACCGGCUCGGCCAGGAUCCGCUGGGACUCAGACAGGAAGUGUGCCAUGGAGACUGUGCUGCAGUACUGCAAAGAAAAGAAUGAAAGGAAACCUCCCAAAGCGUAUUUGAUCCAUGCUGGUCUGGAGCCGCUCACCUUCACCAACAUGUUUCCGAGCUGGGAGCACAGAGAGGACAUUGCUGAGAUCACUGAGAGGGAGGCAGAGGUGUGUAACCAGAUCAUCCUGGUGGAGGACGUGUUGGCCCGGCUGUGCAAGACCACGUACCCACUGUCAGACCUUCUGGCCCGGCCGCUGCCUGAAGGGGUAGACCCUCUCCGCCUGGAGGUUUACCUGACUGAUGAUGACUUUGAGAAAGCCCUGGAGAUGAGCAGAGAGGAGUAUGGAGGGCUGCCCGCCUGGAAGCAGGUGAACUUGAAGAAAGCUAAAGGACUUUUUUAAUGGGGAUCAGACCUGAAGAGACCAGUAAAAAAAGCCACCAGGAGGUUGUUUUGUCUCCUCUAUAGUUUACGUCCGCAGGCUCAGAGACAGCCUCUCCUGAGCAAACCUUUUCUAGGAGGGAUAAAAACAAAAAAAAGGAGACGAGAAGGAAGAGUGGAGGAGGUGACGACUGAAUGCAACAGAUUCCCUGUCUGCUCUUGUGUUUGUGUGUUCGUUGUAUAAGUGGGAGGCAAAGUAGACUGAUUCAGCCCUGAAUGAAUGUGGUGAUACUUCUUCUUUGUUUGUACAUAUGUACCAUAUGCAGGACAGACGGUCCCAUUACACCGUCAGCCAUCUGUUAGAGUGGGAGCGGGCCAAUCAGCCUGUUUAACACUCCUCAGUAUGCUUGUGCAUUAAAAGAUUAUUUAUAUUUAUAUCAAAUCCAUAUAGGAAUUAAAAGAAGAAGCUACCUGAAUAUUCACUGUGCUAAAAUGAAUUAAUAAAGUGUAAAUCCAUGAGGUGUUUGUUGAAUGUGGAUGAAAACUGGAUAUCACAAAUCUUCACUCUUGCUGUACAGUUCACCGUUUGCCAUUUACAGAUGAAAUGAUGCAGCUUCAUGUGAAUGUAGAGUCUCUAAUGUUUCAGAUGAAAAGAUGCUUGAUAAAAGAGAUAGUGAUGAUGAACUGUCUGUGAUUUAAAAAUCCUCCAGUGUAUAGUGCCUUGCUUUGUGUACAGUUUAUAUAAAGAUCCUAGUCUGCAUUUUGAAGACUUUUUGUGAUAUAAAGAAAUAUUAGAGGAAUAAACCAUGAAAGUUGAAUA